GAGGCGGGCUGAGGAGUGGAGGGGCGGGCGGGCGGGGGCCCAUGUGUGGCGGCGGCCCCCCCCCCCCCCCCACUACCGGCGGCGGCGGCGGCCCCUUCGCAGCCAAGCGCCGCUGAGGCGGAUCCGCGGGCGCAGAGCGAGCGCGGCCCCGGCCCGGCGGCGGCAGGAUGAAGUUCGCCGAGCACCUCGCGGCGCACAUCACCCCCGAGUGGCGGAAGCAGUACAUCCAGUAUGAGGCUUUGAAAGAGAUGUUAUAUGCAGCUGUGGACCAGGCCCCUUCUAUAGAAGACACAGAUGAGGACACAGUGAAAAGGUGUUUUGCCACGUUUGAAGAGAAGUUCUUCCAGACCUGUGAGAAAGAACUUGCCAAAAUCAACAUUUUCUAUUCAGAAAAGCUUGCAGAAGCUCAGCGCAGGUUUACUACUCUUCGGACUGAGUUACAGUCAACUUUGGAUGCACAGAAAGAAGCCAGUGGGGCUUCCACGCUGCAGCGGCGCAGAAAGCCGGUCUUCCACCUGUCCCACGAAGAGCGUGUCCAGCAUAGGAAUAUCAAAGAUCUGAAAUUGGCCUUCAGCGAGCUCUACCUCAGCCUCAUCUUACUGCAGAACUAUCAGAACCUGAACUUCACUGGCUUCCGCAAGAUCUUAAAGAAGCAUGACAAGAACCUGGAGACAGCGCGGGGAGCAGAAUGGCGGGUGGCCGAGGUGGAGGUGGCACCCUUCUACACUUGCAAGAAGAUCAACCAGCUUAUCUCCGAAACAGAGGAAGUGGUGACCAAUGAGUUAGAAGAUGGAGACAGACAGAAGGCUAUGAAACGUUUGCGUGUUCCACCCUUAGGAGCAGCUCAGCCUGUACCAGCCUGGACUACAUUCAGGGUUGGAUUGUUCUGUGGGUUGUUCAUUGCACUGAACGUCACUGUCAUACUUUCAGGUGUGGCUUUUAUAGAUGGACCAAAUGUGUGGCCACUGGUGAGAAUCUAUAGGGGUGGCUUUCUCCUGAUAGAAUUCCUCUUUCUCCUGGGUAUCAACACAUAUGGCUGGAGACAGGCUGGAGUGAAUCACGUCCUCAUCUUUGAACUCAAUCCCCGCAGCAACUUGUCCCAUCAACAUCUCUUUGAGAUUGCUGGUUUCCUGGGGGUUUUGUGGUGCCUGAGCCUGCUGGCAUGUAUAUAUGGUAAAUUCACCUACAUCCCUAUGCAGGUGAAUCCACUCAUCUUGUACGGCUUCAUGUUGCUUUUUCUCAUCAACCCCACCAAAACCUUAUAUUACAAGUCCCGUUUUUGGCUGCUGAAACUAUUGUUUCGAGUGUUCACUGCUCCCUUCCACAAGGUAGGCUUCGCAGAUUUCUGGCUGGCUGAUCAGCUCAACAGCCUGGUUGUGAUACUCAUGGAUCUGGAAUAUAUGAUCUGCUUCUACAGCUUUGAGGUUCAGUGGGAGGACAAUGCUGGACUUCUGGCAAAUACAGAUAAUCAGAUUUGUUACAGCUACUCCUACGGAGUGAGAGCAGUUGUCCAGUGCAUCCCUGCUUGGUUGCGAUUCAUCCAGUGCCUGCGCCGUUACCGUGAUAACAAACGGGCCUUUCAUCUAGUUAAUGCUGGAAAAUAUUCCACCACCUUCUUCGUGGUGACAUUUGCAGCCCUCUACAGCACUCACAAAGCUAAAAACCACAGUGACACCCAAGUGUUCUUCUACCUGUGGAUUAUCUUCUAUUUCAUCAGCUCUUGCUAUACCCUAAUUUGGGACCUGAAGAUGGACUGGGGUCUCUUUGACAAAAAUGCUGGUGAAAAUACCUUUCUUCGAGAAGGAAUUGUCUACCCACAGAAAGCAUACUACUAUUGUGCCAUUGUAGAAGAUGUGAUCCUGCGUUUUGCGUGGACCAUCCAGAUCUCCCUCACUUCCAUGCAAAUCUUUCCGUAUGCUGGGGACAUAAUUUCUACUGUAUUUGCCCCACUUGAGGUAUUCCGGCGGUUUGUGUGGAACUUCUUCCGUCUGGAGAAUGAGCACCUGAACAACUGUGGUGAGUUCCGUGCCGUGAGGGACAUUUCUGUGGCACCGCUCAACGCCGAUGACCUGACGCUCUUGGAUCAGAUGAUGGACCAGGAAGAUGGUGUACGAAAUCGCCGCAAGAACAAACAGUGGAAGCGCAGCCAGAGCGUGUCCUUGCGCAGACCUCGUCUUGCUUCACAGUCCAAGGCUUGUGACACUAAGGUAUUGAUAGAGGACCUAGCGAAUGAAGCGAACACAUGAGAUGGCCAUGGUUUCUUAUUCCACAUCCUUUGUUUUCUCGUUCUGUUCCCCUCUUCCCCAAGUAACCCGAUCUCUGGUACAGUUCCAGCUGAAAACAGGAGAAAACACUGAACAUGUUUUCCGAGCUCUUCCAGACCAGAUCCUAUGGACUCCAACAAGCUCACUGUGUUUCGUUUCUUUUCUUCUGGGUUAAUUUUAAUGUUCUAUUUUAAAAAAAAAAUAAAAUAUUUUACUUUGUUUUGCCAAUAAAGAGGACAGUUCAGGAAAGAGGGAUUGUUUACAGUCUCAACAAGGACAUACAAACCUAUCUGGAUAACGAAGCAUCAUAGGGACUCCCUCAUGGGACAGUGCCGAGAGCACACUCGGUUUCUGCUUGGCCCGGUUUUGACUGGUUGAAACCGGACUUAAGUUUUUAAAUCUGAUUUUUUUGGUUUUGUUUUUUUUUUUUUUCUUCAUAUCCAGCGCUGAGGCACUGGCUGCACUUGCAGGGAAAGUGCACUUAGAGCAGUAUCUUCAUUCAUGAAGCUACUUUUUAAUUUGAUGUAACUUUUCUUAUAAUUUUUUGGAAAUAUGAUGUAUCUGUUGCAUAUAGUUUUCACAUUAUUUAUGAAACUUAACAACCAUAUAAGAGUGAUUUUGAGUCCUGUGCAAUGAAGGUUGUAAUGGUAAAACAAAGCCGGGAAUGUAGAUCUAGAUCUCCAGGGUUGUGGGGUUAUUCCCUGCAAAUACCCCUCUCGUGAGACAACUUGCACCUGUGUUUACCUUUUCUCUCUUUCUUUCUUUGCAAUUUUAUUUUAAACCAAAGUUUCUCUUUCUGAUUUUUCUUUUUUUUUUUUUUUUUUGUUGCUGCUACUGCUUCUGGGCAUGUCUCUUGUGCCGGUUCAAUGCCAACUUUCCAUGCAGCUGUGUGAAAGUAGUGCAGAUGAUCCUAAGGCCCUUUUGAAAGGAGAGUUGGGUCCUACCAACAGUGCAAAGAGCUAGGCGAACAAAGGCUUCAGAACUUCAUUCUCCAGAUCAAAAAGUAUUUUUCAAAGCCUUAAUAGUGCUUAGAUGGCAGGAGGGCAUCCCAUACUGAGCAGGGAGCUUUUCUGGUGUUCUCCUGCAGCCCAGCGCAGCAGAAGUGGGACAAGGCAAGGAGGUGAUGGUUCCCAGUGCCGGGGAGUUUAGCAGGCUGGGGUUCAGGAGUGAUGGUGUGUUAGACAGCUGUCGGGGAGCAUGGAAAGGACUCUGUUGUGCCCAACUGAUGGGGAAGGUGAAAUUGAAAGCGGCUCUCCUCGUGGCUUCUGGUUUGGCAAAGAAGCCUCUGUCGAGUGCUAUCCCGGUAUGGUGCCCUGUGGCUCAGCUGUUACUUGUGCCCCUUGCUUCGUCUCGCUAACCCAGUUUGGGAAGCGCGAUACUAUUAAGCAGACUCGGGUAAAGGGCAGCCGUAUUGCCGCGCAAAUUAUGUCAGAAGAGCGACGCGAACUCGAUGGUCUCGUUGGGUCGGGUUGGCAUGGCCGAGGUCGCGGGGACUGCCGCCUUCCCCUCUGCCUGGCUCGGGGCAGCCGUGGUGUACAGCUAGGCCUGCAAGGGAAGGAUGAAACUCUUGAAGUAGGAUCCUCACACUGAUGUCUGUCCCAUGACUUGCCUCUACUUUGGGCAAUGGAAUUGCAGGAAUCUCUGCUCAGUUGCUGUUUGGUGUGGUUUUUUUUUAAUUAGCUAAUAGCAUGGUUUCUCACACGACCGGUACGUUGCAUUUUCUCAGUUUGCCUGCUGUGCCUCUUGCCCAGAGGAACUGAAGAAGGAAACUUAGUUCUCUUAAUUUAAUUGGAAAUAGAUUAAAAUUCAGUGGUGAUGAACCUGUGCCCCAUGCCAGGCUAAGGGCAACACUGCAAACCUGUAACUACCUGCACUUCUGUGAUGUCCUCUCAGCUUACAAAGAAACUGUGCUGGACCUGCCGGGAGAUGCCUCUGCUCUGUCAGCGGUGUGCGUGGUAGCAUAGGCGGUGUGUCUGUUGUGGUGCUCCUCCUCGCAUCUCCUACGGUGUCGGUCUGCUCCGGCUGGAGGGCAGCUGGACUAGCCGGGGUUGUACUGUUCGUCAUUUUGGUGCUCAGGAGCCUGUUUUCCCAUAUUUAACUCCCUUAGGUCUGUUGUUCGUACUUAAACGGAGGGUUCUUGUUCAUAUGGAAGUGGAGUCGGAGAUAUAAAGCCCUUUCAAAUAUUUCAGUUUCCUAAUAUGCAUUGCAGCGGUUGUUGCUGUGUCCAAACCUUGCGUGGGUGUUUCCAGCAAGAGUGGUGGGAGAUGAGUGAAGCCGGACCUACCUAGGGGUGUUUUAGAGUAGGGCAGCCGUACCGGGGGGCAAUCCAAAAUAAACCAGUGGUGUUACUUAAGCAAGUGGUUCUUUAUAAAAAGAAACCAAGUUUUACUGGUAAAUCUUCCUUUCAGAGGGAAGGGAAAAUACAGAGAGACAUCUUGAAGUCAUGCCAAUCCCCUGGGAGCACUCUGCCUUCUUCAGCCAGGCUGGGGAGAGCGGGGCAUGGCCGGGUGGCCUGCGUCUUGCCUGCCUGCCUGCUGCUGCACUGUCCAACCGUCUGCUUCCCAACCUGGCGGGGAGGGUCAGGUUGCAAGUAAUGAAAUUCUUAUUCUGUAGUUUACCCAAAUCCUUAUGGGAAGCAAGAAUUCAAUGUGUCUGUCUGCUCCCGGCUCUACUCUUUCCCUUCCCUUUUUCUCUGUCUUUGCUGGCAGGAGAAAUAAGAAAAAAAGGGGAGGUGGCGUGCUACAGCUAGCAAACAUUAUCUCCUAAAAUAAAACAUCGUCCCUUUUGGCAGCAAAGAUGCUCUCUUGGGAGGAAAGUAGCCCGAAUUCCCAGAGGCAUGGCUUUUAAAGUCUCCCAGCACUGCGUCUGCCUGUUCCCUCCCUCCCAGAGAUUUCUAAGAAAUCAGGCAUGCAGAUUCCUCCUGAGAGCAAGCGCUAAAGCCAGGAUGGCUCUGCAUCUAUGAGAACAUCUGGCCAAUAAAGGGAGACCUAAUGAAGCAGAGCAGAUGGUGAGAGAAAAUAGCCCCGUCGCUCCUUGUGAGCAGCCUGUGCAAUGGGAGCGAGGGGAGCGGGGACAGUCCCAGGGUGGCUUUGUUUUCGUGAGCAGGCUUUGGGAAUGGGUGCUUGGAAGCAUUCCUGGAGGGAGAACAGCAGGGUGAUGAUCCAUCCAGAAUUAUGGAGAGCAGACUUAAAAGGAGCUGGGGUGUUUUAAUCCAGCACUUUAGUUGUUGGGAUAUAGCUGGAUGGAAAGCAGAAGGUGAGACAGGUCUGUGCUGUGGCUGCUGCGAAGCAGUGCUGGCUUUCGGGUGUUGAGCUCUCCCUCUCCUUGCGAUUCGGUGCAGAGGUUGUCAGAGGUUGUGGUUGUGUGCGGCUCCAAGGAUGGUGUGGAAGCUGCUUUUGACUGGCUGGAACCCUUGCAGAUGGUCCCGUCUACGGGGAGGAGAUGCCACAGCGUGGCCGGUGACUUUUGGAGGUUCCCUUUGAACUCACUUCUCCAUGCUGAUUCCCUGCUUCUUUCCAUCCCUCCUGCUCUUCCAGGAGUUUUCAGGUUGCAGGGAUUUAGGAUUUGCAGCGUCCAGAGCCUAUUUGCUAGUUGGCGUUCCCUGCAUGGCUUUGGGACCGCGUCACCAGGAACACCAGGUCCCCCUGCGUGGGGAAGGCAAUGCCGUGUGCUGUGGGUGGGCGCUCCCGAAGGGGCAGCGGGGCAGGUUUGGACUUUAUGGGCUUGGCAAGCAGGAGCAGGAGCUGCUCCAUCAACGGGAACCGAUGCUGUCCCACCACAUUUUAAAAGAAAUGCAUUUGCAGCGCUCGUGGCUGCGGCCUGUGUGUAUCAAAUAAGCUCCUACCUCUCAAAUCCAGGCGGGUUCCCAGAGUCGGCCGUUGCUCGUCCUGCGCCUUUCCCUGCCCCGCUCCCGGCCCUCCUUGUUCUGUCGGUGUCUUUGCUGUUUGUCUGAAACCAAUGGUACGCAGGGUGCGGGGGGAUGACUGGCAGCAGCCUUCAGCAUGAAAAUCUUGUGGGGGGGAAAAGUCUCUUGUGGAGCAGAGUUGUAUCCUGCUGCUUUUACUUCCCUAGUAACUCCUUGUGCUGCUUGUUCUGCCUCCUCGCCGGUGCUCGGCCACUGCAGCCGUGUGAGAGGAGGGGAGGGAAAGCAUGGUCCUGGUGCAGGAGAUAACAAUCCCUGGGGAUUUUACUGCGCAUCUUCCAAGGAGCAAGGGAGACUGUGUGAAGCCUUCGAGCUUUGCCUGCGUUUUGAACAGCCAAGGGAAUUUGGUCUUAUCCUGCAAGGAUGCUGCUGCGUACUGCUCGCUGAGACUCCGGCCUGCGCCCCAGGCUUUUAGGGGGUUUGUGGCCCCGACGUCAGGCCAUCACUCUGGGACGUGUCCUGGGACUGGGGCAUGGCUGGGCUCCCAUUGGGAACACAAAACACGCACUGCAUCCCGGCCCCAUGUCCUCCCUCCUCUCAUCCACCGUUCUGCUUUGCACUCGCAGAGGCAAGAUGAUCUUCUGCCUUAAGUUUUUUUUUUUUUUUUUUUUAAUUUACAUUUUUAUUCCAGAAGGCGAUCAGAUUGUUUUGUCUCCUUGGAAAAGAGGGGCUGGGGCUCCUGGGGAAAGAGCGGAAAAUCCCUAUGGUAACUGCAGCAGUCACGGUUGGGCUCAGUGGCUGUCACCUCAUCAAACCUUGCCUCCUUUACACGACGCCAUCCCAAAUCCCACACCUUGGGACAAGCUGUUGACCCGCCACCACUGUGGGGUUAGCUGGUGUGUUGGCAUCCCUCGGGGGCUUCAGUCCCUCCUUGCAGCAUCCUGGCUGCAAGAGAAAGGCAGUUUUGCAGGGGGAGGAGAGGAAAGGGACGGUAAUCUUGGGUGUACCCAGAUGCUGAUGCCCCAGCCCUGUUCCCGGUGGGAGUCGGAGGCAGCUCUGGCCCCGGUGCAGCCGUGCCGCGGUGGGCGAGACGCACCGACCCUGCUUGGGAAGAUGCCCUGUGGCCUGACAGUCCCCGAAGCUCUAGAAACCAAAUUGCAAACUCUUUGCUCCAGAGGAGAAAUUGGGCAGCCUGGUAGAACUUGUGAUGACCUCUCCAUCCCGUAGGUCCUCCUGGUGAAGGAUCGGUGUUUGGAAGGGGCCUGGGGUGGAAAUGCCAAAGUUCCCCCCUCGGUCCUGCUGCCGCCUUCCUCUCCCCCUCCCCGCUGUGUUGGUCUAAAUGAUCUUUCUAUGAAGCCCUGUAGAUGUCAAAAGUAAUUAUGGAGUGUGAUUAGUCCUCUGUGGGUGCUUUCUUUCUUUCCUCCUCCUUUCUCUUUUGCUAUCCCCUUCUCCACUCUUCUUUUUUGGCUAAGUGGAAAAGGUGAGGACAAAGAAUUGCCGCUUGCUUGGACUCAUGAUGUAUCUGUGACUGCGCUAUUAGCUGUCUCCUUUUUCCUCCCCAAAUGGAUAUAAUUUUUGAAGUGUGGAAUACCCUUCUUGAUAAGUAGGUUUUAAAAAAAAAAAAAUAAUGCACAAUGUGAUACUGUUUCAUAGUUUCUAGGUGGUUGUAUAAAGCAAAGUUACUGUGAUUGUGUUUUUCAAAGGAAAAAGUGAUUGGUUACGAAAUCUGUCCUUUUUUCAUUAUUACAAGCUCUUUGUUUUCCAA